UAGGUGAAAGUUUACAGCUCAAGUUAAUUUCUCAUACAGAAAUUUAUAUACAUAUUGUUAUGUGACAGUGGUUGCAAUCCCUGUUCUUUUUUAAAUUCAGAGUAUUUAAGUGUGAUUGUCAUUGUGGCAGUUUUUUUUUUUUUUUAAUUGAGUGUAAGUUUUUCAUGAAAUCACAGAGAUUACAGCUCAAGAUAAAAAGCCAUACAUCAGUUGUUUUUCCCAAAGUCAUGUGGCUGCAGAUCUUAUUACUAGAUAGUUUUAUGAGUGGAGCAAAUAAAAGUUGGAUCAUUAGUCCCAAUUUACAGUUUGGUGUUGGAAGGAGGGUAAUUAGGUAAGUUUUAGAUAAUUUAUAAAGAAUGUAUUUACCAAAUCUUUAAUAAUAAUUAACACUUAAUCAGCUUUAUGUGUUAUUGUUCAGUUGCAUGGAAUACUUUGUUUUUAUCAGUGCCACUGGUACCUGUCUUGAAUUAUAAGUCUGAGAGGAAGCCUUUAAUUCUUUUUGACUAUUCAUAUAAUGUUAGGUCUGAAAUGAAAGAACACUUUGAAUAGGGUAGUCAUUUUCUGAGACUUUGUGUUUUGAUCUACAUUAUUUUAUCAACUGAGAUUUGAUAACUGACUUCUGAAAAUAUUUGCCAGAAAAUGGUGUAAUGUUGCAGUUGUAGUCUUAGGAUUUUAGAUUUCUGUAAAGAUUCAGAAACAAAGCAAAGCUCAUAGAGGUAAAAUUAGAAAUACUAAUUAGUUGGUGGCGGAGCUAGGACUGUAACUUUGGUCUUGUCUCAUUCAAUAUUCCACUGCACUGUAAUUAUUGAAACUCAAGAUACUCUUCAAGGUGUAUCCUAAACAGUGGAAUUUCAAAAGGAAAAUUGAAAUUGGUGGAAGCAUUAAUUUUAACUAUGCUGUAGUAUUUUAAGUGUUUUAAUGUUUUUUAAGUUCAGAUUCUUAAAGCAGCUGUUAUACUCUGCUUAUACUUUUUAAAAAGUUGAUAUUAUGUUUUUACUCCAGGAAAAUUAAGGGUUUUGUCAAUUUAGAUAAUUUAUUAACUUUAAUCCAGAUAGGAGGGUGGCAACAGAUCUUCAACACUCUCUGAAUCAUAGUCAAACUGCAGUUCACAUUUUUAUCUUUGAGGAAUAGUCUUAAGAAAAAUUCAUAUAAAUUAUUUUCUUCCUAAAGCAAACAGUUGUUAAUUUUAAUAUCCAUUCUGCCAACAGAGGGGUCUGUGUUCAUGUUUUGGAAAUGUCAGCAUCUUUGUUCAUAUCCAUCACUUUUUUAUUUUAAAGACCUCAAACUAAAGAGAAAGUGACAUGCUGUGAGCAGUAUAGCCACUUCUCUUGCCCUUUAGUUUACCAUCCUCAAGCAACUGUUUUGGCUUGCUUCUUGCUGUGUAUGUAAUGGUUUCAGAUUUUUUAACAACAUACAGCCUCCUACAAACUGUGAGAAAUUAAUAAAAUUACAGUAGUUCCCACCCUCAGCAAUGUAAAAAAACCAAUUUGUUUUAUAAUACUUUUUUUUUUUUUUUUCCUUUGGAACACCUGUUUACUGUUUGGGAAACUGAGGCCUGGAAAUAAUUUUGCCUUACAACAGACCAUAAAGGAAAAGUGGAAAAUGGAAUCUUUCUAGCUUCUUGCUUCCAGGCUCAUUUGCAAAUAAUAUUAGAUCUAAGAAAGUACAGCUAUUCUGCCAGACACUUUGGAUCAAAUUACAUGAUAUAUUUUGUUGCUUAAAUCCUACGUCAUAGUUAAGCAUCAGAAAGGCAAGUUUUAACCAGAAAGUUUUAAUAGUAAUUUUUAUAGUGAUUAUCUUUUUUUAAAGAAUUUCCUUUUUAAUUUAUUUUUUCACUCAGUGGUUAUUUAUUAAGUAAUACAGUAAAACCUACAAAAGCCGGAAUCUGUGUAAGGCAGGGACCUGUCAGAGGACAACUAAAAUAUUUUCCACCAAUAGAGAGUGAUAGAAAAGUGGCUUAAGACUGCACCCUAUCAAAGGUGGAAAACUUGCGAGACCUGGAAAAACAAGGCAGUGCUGUUGAGUUCUUGCUCUCACAGGUUUUACUGCACUAAUAGGCCAGGUACUGAAGCAAAGCGUUUGGGAGACAAAGAUGAAUUAAAUGUCACUUGCCAUCAAGAAACAAAUAGUACAGAAAAAAAAGUAAAAAUAUGAUACAGUAAUUACAGUUUAAUCCAACAGGAUAAGGUAGAGUGGGAACAGUACGCUAUGGCAGCUCAGAGGAGGAAAUGCCUUCUGCUCUCUGGAAGCCCCUGUUCAUGCUUCAAAACACAGAUUGGCUGUUCUCUUCUUGGUGAAGCCUUUAACUUUCCCAUUGGCCCUCACUUCAGACUUCUCUUACAGGAAUAUGACUUACUUCCAUUGCAUAUUUAUGUUCCCCGUGAAACUGUGGGGCACGGAAGUUAUAGUGAUUAUUUUUGAGGUCAGAUUUAUUGCACACGAUACGAUUGAGAGAAAUUAAUGUACUUUGCUGAACAGUAAUUCAGAAUUGUUGAACAGAUUGGAAUUUUAAAUAGCCGAUUCAGAUUCUGAUAGAUGGCUUGAAACUUUUAUGAUGGCGUUAGGCACAUUGUCUGUUGAAAUGAGAAUAAAGAGAUACAUCACGAUCCAAACUGGCCUAUGAGUUGUAAUCCACUUUGUUUAUAAAAUGGAGAAGGUAUUAUGUGUUGGAUAGAUAUCAUUUGAAAUAUUAAACUGAAAGUUUAUCCAAAGUAAUACAUGCUUUCAAAUUCAUACUUUUAGAAUUAAAUUUUUUUUUUUUUUAAGUAAUACCACUUUAGGAACCCUGGUGGUGUAACAGUUAAGUGCUCAGCUGCUAACCAGAAGGUUGGUAGUUGAACUCACCCAGUGGCUGUGUGGGAGAAGAACCUGGCAAUCUUCUCCCAUAAAGAUUACAGCUGGAAUGGACUCAGUGGCGCCCAGCCAACAACAUUACUUUUAAUACUCAGGGAUAUUUGUUACAUUUUUAAUAUUAAGUAGUUUACACUAUCAUCUUGGAAAACUUGAAAAGUAUCUUCAGCUGUAACACCUAAUAUUUGAAUAUUAUAGUUUAAUUCUGUGCUUGAUAUAAGAGACUCUUACAUUCUGAGUACAGGUUGGUAUUUCAUAGCUUUCCCAGGUCGUGGAAAUAAUAGUAAUGCCUAAAUUUUUUAAGCAUGUGCUCUGUGCUAGGCACUGUGCUAUGCACUUUAUGUGUACUAAUAAAUUCUCACGACAGUCCUGUAAGAUGAAGAAAAUGAGAUACAAAUUGGUGUGUCCACAGUCACCAUCUGAUAAGAUGUGGGAUCAGGAUUCAGACUCAGGUACUCUUCGUUCCAGAGCCCAUGCUCUUAACUAGUGCAUUCAGUCCUCCUUAGACAUUUUAAUCUGCUCAUAGGCAGACUUCAGGAAAUCUUUAGCUUGGGAAUUUGUAUCUAAAAUUUUUAGUAUGCCUGCUUUUCCAUUGACAGGAUUCGUAGCUUUUAGAAGAUUUUUAAAAGGGUGUUUGACCUCUUCCCCCAAUACAAGCAAUUGUUUUAUUGUGCGCUUGCCACUUAGGAACUUCCUUGAUGAUUUUUUGUUUUGAUAAUUUAAUUAAAUUAAAUUUUUAAAGGCCAGCGUUGCUUUAUAUAGUUAACAUCCCAAGUGCAUGUUUUCUAUAUGCACAUGCAUGCAUGUGUCCACAACACCUACAGACAUACAAAAUCUAGAGAAUAAAAUAAAGUUAAAAUUAACUCCAAAUGAUUUUACCGUAAUGUAUAAAUAAUUGCCUUUUACCAUGUUAGCACAUCAUUUGGCAUAUGUAGCAACAGAGGUGUUCACUUGGAAUCAUUUCAUUUUCUGAGCUUUAUAUUGUAAAUGGUAGGAAUUUCUUCCUACAUGCUUAUUGCCAUGAAAGAAGAAAUUAUUUAAGUGUGUUUCCUGAGAUUCUACUCUUAUUAGGUACUGUAUUAGGAAUACAGUAGUAAACAAAACCAAUAAAACCUGUUGCCGUCAAGUUAAUUCUGACUCCUAGUGAUGAAAACUUUUUGAGUUGGAGAGAUUUUUAAUUUGAUAUGCUCAGUUGUUAGAUGUAAAGGGUUUGUGGGAGCAUAUACAACACCUCACCCAGACAUUGUUGGGAGGGUGAGAAGUAACAUUUAAGCUGAGCCCAUUGUCGUAGAGUUGAUUCAGACUUAUAACGACCCUAUACAACAGAGUAGAACUACCCCAUAGGGUUUCCAAGGCUGUAACCUUUAUGGUAGCAAACUGCCACAUCUCUCUCCCGAAACUGGUGGGUUUGAACCACCAACCUUUUGGUUAGCAGCUUAGCGCUUAACCACUGUGCCACCAAAGCUCACUGUAUCUGAGCUAGCUAUACUUAUUUUCACUUUAUCCUGAAUGCGAGCCAUCACAGGGUUUAACCUGUGGAAUGAUGAGACGAGUUUCACGUUUUAGGAGGAUCUUUCUGUUGAAAAAUUGGUGGGGUUGGUGGGAGACUAGAAAAAGGAGGACUAUUUAAAAAGUUGGGGUAGUUAAUUCGUUUCAGAGAUAAUGGUUAUCUGAACAAUUUAGUAACAAGAGGAAUGGAGAGAGAUAAACUCAUUUGAGAAAAAGAGGUUAAAAAUUAUUUUGCAGAUUACUGGCUUGGGUAGCUGGGUAAGUGAUUAAUAUCUUUCCUUGAGAUAGGAGGGAUUGAUUGUCAGCAUCUGUUUUAAAUAAGGAGUGGGGAUUGGGAAUGGCUUUAUUUUUGAAUGACUGAUUUCCAGAAGAGUCUGUAGGCCAUAAAAUCUUCAUUAAUUUGCUUAGAUAGUUGCUCUGAAAUUGAGCAUAUGUAUGUUAACUGAAGCAAUGAAAUACGGAGCAGAAAAGAUAACUGUAAGGAGACCAAUGAGGUAGAAGCUCAGAAACAGAUGUUCACGGAAUCCAGUCACCAGACUUGAUGCUUGCUGGUGAGAACAGCAAUACCUAUAGAAUGGUUAAUGCUUGUGGGUGGUGAGCUACUCUUCCGUAUGCCCCUGUAGUUCUCUUCUUACUAGUUCAGUUGUAUAUUUACCAAGAGUCCGUUUUGCUUGUUCCCAGACUUGUUCAUGUCAGUUGUAUUUAGUAUUGGAAUUACAUAAUUCAGUAUAAACUGAUGACAGUAGUGCAGAAAUAGUCAUUUGAAAACUUUGGAAUGUCUCAACAAAAGGAAGUCACUAAGAAAAAAUUGAAGAAUAAUCAUUCUGAAAGCAUCGUGUCAUUUGUUCUGUUGUACAUAAGGUUGCUGUGAGCCGGAGCUGACUUGACAGCAACUAACAACAGCAAGAAAUUCUACAUUAUACGUUACAGAUGUGGCUUAUGUGAGUGAGAAAUAAGAAAACCUGAUCAACUGACUCAGUCUAGGAAAAAGGCCUGAGUGAAGAAACAGUUAUGUUUAAGUUAAAAAGAUUAAAUACGCAUUUGUGAUUUUGUAGCAUCACCUACUCUUAAUAAUUUCCUCUUGCAGUUACUUCCAGUCACAUAAGGCAAGAGAGAUUUUACUGCAUUUAGUUCGGAGGAAGAGCAUUCCGAGGAAUUUGAGAAAGAAAAGCUAAAGAAGUAGAAAUACCAGCAUCCUAAGGUUAACAUUAAGCUUCUCUCAGUGGAGCCAAAAAGUAAACAGCUCAUGACUUCUGACCAGGACACUAAAGUUGUGGCUGAACCGCAGGUGCAGCAAGUACAAGAAGUGAAAGACGGUUCUCAUCUGAUGAAUGGUCCUAUAUCUCAAGCCACUUCUCAGACAAGUUCCAUCCCACCUUUGAAUCAGGCUCCAGCAACCAAGGUUUCAGAGCUAAACCCUAAUGCAAAAGUAUGGGGGAAUCAUAUGCUACAUUUGGAAACAAGUAGUACAACUGAUGGCAGUGUGAAUAAAACUUGGGAAGAAAUAUCUGACCAUCCUCCGGACUGCUGCAAAGAGGUUGUAGGGUUGGAUGAUAGCAACGGCGAUGGCAACAGAAGCCGUGAGAAUGCAGCAUUCCCAGAUUUACAAGAGCCAGACCAAACGGAUGUGAAUACUCUGGCUCUGGGUCACUCAGAAUAUGACUCUCUGCCUGAAAACAGCGAAAUGGGAGGAAAUGAGUCUCAACCAGAAAGCCAAGAGGACCCCCGAGAAGUGCUUAAAAAAACAUUGGAAUUCUGCUUAUCUAGGGAGAAUCUUGCUAGUGAUAUGUACCUUAUAUCACAGAUGGACAGUGAUCAGUAUGUGCCAAUUACAACAGUAGCAAACCUUGACCAUAUCAAGAAACUCAGCACUGAUGUGGAUUUGAUUGUUGAAGUGCUACGAUCAUUACCUUUAGUCCAAGUGGAUGAGAAGGGAGAAAAAGUAAGGCCAAAUCAAAAUCGUUGCAUAGUAAUACUGCGUGAAAUAUCUGAAUCUACCCCUAUAGAAGAAGUAGAAGCACUUUUUAAAGGAGAUAAUUUACCGAAAUUUAUAAACUGUGAAUUUGCCUAUAAUGAUAAUUGGUUUAUCACAUUUGAAACAGAAGCUGAUGCACAACAGGCUUACAAAUAUCUGCGAGAAGAAGUUAAAACUUUCCAAGGAAAACCAAUUAAGGCACGGAUAAAAGCAAAGGCAAUAGCUAUAAACACGUUUUUGCCAAAGAAUGGAUUUAGACCUCUGGAUAUGAACCUUUAUACGCAGCAGCGUUACACAACAUCAUUUUAUUUACCUCCAGUGUAUAGUCCCCAACAGCAGUUUCCUUUGUACAGCUUAAUUACUCCACAGACGUGGUCAACAACACAUAGCUAUCUCGAUCCAUCCUUGGUAACUCCAUUUCCAAAUACUGGAUUUAUAAAUGGGUUUACGUCUCCAACCUUCAAACCUGCAACAUCUCCUCUGACUUCACUCAGACAGUAUCCUCCUAGAAGCAGGAAUCCUAGCAAAUCACAUCUACGCCAUACAAUUCCUAGUGCAGAGAGAGGACCUGGAUUAUUAGAAAGUCCUUCAAUAUUUAACUUUACUGCUGAUCGAUUAAUUAAUGGUGUCCGGAGCCAACAAACAAGACAAACAGGUCAAACUAGAACACGGAUUCAAAACCCUUCAAAUUAUGCCAAGAGAGAUAUUGGAACAGGGCGAGUGGAACAGAGUAGUCUUGAAUCAUCUCCUGGUUUAGGUAGAGGAAGGAAAAAUUCUUUUGGCUAUCGGAAGAAAAAAGAGGACAAGUUUACAAGGAGUCAAACUCAGUCUCCGACGCCACCAAAGCCACCAUCUCCUAGCUUUGAAUUAGGGCUCUCCAACUUUCCUCCUUUACCCGGAGCUGUAGGCAGUUUAAAGGCAGAGGACUUGUUUGAAAACAGGCUGUCCAGCUUGAUAAUAGGAUCAUCAAAAGAAAGGAACCUAAAUGUGGAUGCAAGUACAAACACUAUUCCUGCAGUAAUCCCCAGAGAGCCUUCAGUGCCAGUUUCUUGUGCUGUAUCAGCAACAUAUGAACAAUCUCCUUCCCCAGCCCAUUUACCUGAGGAUUCCAAGGUUGUAGAAAAGCAGAGGGAAACGCAAAGUAUGGAAAGACUUUCUUCUGCUCUGACUACUACUGCGUGUAAAUCAGUGCAAGUGAAUGGAGUUGCCACAGAAUUGCGGAAACCUAGCUACGCAGAGAUUUGUCAGAGAACAAGUAAAGAGCCUCCUUCUUCCCCGUUGCAACCCCAAAAAGAACAAAAGCCAAACACUGUCGGUUGUGGGAAAGAAGAAAAGAAACUCACUGAAGCAAUGGAGAGAUACAGAGAACCCCCUCCCCUGAAGUCAAAUCCAGGACAACCCAAAGAUCAGAGGAGGCAGUUGGGGCGCAGAUCCUCUCCUCCAGCUGUUGGGAAGCGUUUAAAUAGAGAACAGAAUACACCUCCCAAGUCUCCUCAGUGAAAAUUGUAUGUUGGGAGGGGUUGCAAAAGAAUUCUGUUUAACCACAAAUGAAACACUGUUCCCACGCAGUACAGAGAAUGAGUUGCUGGUUAGGAGCUUGCAGUAUAUGUGAGGCAUAUGAAAUGCCUACAAGUUAUUUUUCUUCUAUGAGUCACAUUUUCCCCUUCGUGAAAAAAACCUAUUUUUCAGGAUUUAAUUAAUAUAAACCUUAUUUUAGGUUGGUGCUUAACUGGAGGUGAUGCAUAAGUCUUAUUUUUUUCAGGACAGAAUAUGCAUUUAUCCCUACAAAUUGGUAUUUUUUAUUAAGCCUCCAUAUGGCUAUGAAUGCAAGCUAAUACAGUGAGAUUUUCUAAAUUAAGCGGAACUAUGCUACUUCAUUUUUUUUUUAAAUAACUGGUUUGCAAUUACAUAUCUUUAAAAUGUCCGCAGACUGAUGAGCACUGAUGACAGCUGGCAUUGUGAGUGCAAGAUUACACUGGUAAAUGUGACCUUGGGAAAGGGGUGAAUGUUACUAGGUUGUGGCACUGGCAAAAGAACUGUACUUUCCACUUAAACUGUUAACAAGUAAUUGUAGAAUGUAUAUUUUUUUAAUAUAACUUUUCUUUUUGGUCUUCUGAGCAAAAUGAACCUGCAGAGAGCACCAUAGAGAGACCUGAAACAUUUGAGUUUUCAUGUACUGCAAGCAAGUAACCAGCUUCUCACUCCAGUUUCAAAUGGCUUUUAUGUAAAAUAAAUUCAAAGCACAUUGUUAAUAGAAUUUAAAUGAAAAUAUAAACUUUCUUGCCCAUUGACAUGUUACCACAAAAUUGUACCAUAAUGUCGUUUUCAUAACUUGUGAGUUGGCACACUUUUGUGCUGGCAAGGAAGGUGAUAAAAGAGAGUCUCCACGUACUUUGUGGUUUUAGUGCUCAUGCUCUGUAUAGAUUCCUGUCAUCGUUUCCCCCAAGUACUCUUUGAAAGAGUCCAUAUUUUAGUCAGCUCUGUGUUGACGUCUUCUGUACCUCUGCAUUGGCACAUGGAUUUCAAAGUUAUAUAAUCGUGAGGGAAUGGUGUUUGUGGUUUUUUCCCCCCUUUCUGGGUGGUGGAGGAUGAAAAUUCCUGCUCUCUUUACCUCCAAGAUGAGGUUUCUCAUUGAUUCACUUCUGGAAGUGCUACGCUUCUGAAGAACAAGGAUGCACUAAAUUUAGCAAGUUUCUAAUAAAGUUAAAUAUAAAUUAUUUUGUUUUAAAAUGCCUAAAUUUUUCUGUAAGUAUUCUAAGCAGCAGACGUUAAAAUAAGAAUAUCUCCUGCUAAUUGUAACCAUACAGUUUAUUCCACAAAAUGUUAUUUAACAAGAAUGAGUUGUUUUUUGUUUUUUUAAAAAAAAUUAUUUCCAUCCAAUAUUUAAAGACUUGAAUUUUAUUUAAACUUGAAAAUGACUUUGCCUUAACUUUUGUAUAAGACAGCUUAGAGUUACUGGAGACCGGCCCCCUGGGUUGGCAUGAGUGGGAUACAGUUACUCAGUUACUGUGUAGAUCUAUUGUUGCUAGUGUUACUGAGUAAGCAGACUGUAGUACAGGAACUAGCAGUAGGUUUUGUAAUAUACCUUAAAGAUCUUAAACAGUUGAUCUUUUUUCAGAUUGUUGAAAAAUCCUGUAAAUGCAAAUAGUCAAUACUGUAUUAAAUAUGUGCACUUGGAAGUGUGUGCUUUGCUUGUACAGUUGUAAAUAAUCAGAACAUAUUAAAAAGGUACCCUAAAGAGAAAAAUCUGAUAAAAAAUUAUUGAUAUAUUAUACUUGUUGCUGUUGAGCUGAAUGUAGAUAAACUAAAUGUUGUGGUUUGAAUAUUUUCAUUUUGUUCGGGUUUCCCUCCCCACCCCCCUUUUUCUUUUAUACUGGUGUGUGGAACUGAUUCUGCCUCUUCGCUGCAAAAGGGAAAUGGGAAGUCUUAUUAAAAGCCUUCAAAGAUUUUCAUACUCUUUUAAAAAAGUGUGUAUUUUAUCUAAUGUGAGAGGAUUUUGAAGUAUAACGUAGAAAGCAGAAACUGGCAGUAUUUUAAAUGAAAGUGAAAUAAACUAUCUUAAUUAAAUCAUACAUAACUAAGCAUCAUUUAACCUGCCAGAGGAAAACAUACCCUGAUACAUACGAUCACAUUUCCUUCAGAGCCGUUGUCGUUAUUUAAAUGUGCCAUGCUAAUCUGUUUCCAAUACCUGUAAAGGAACAUGGGAGUUUAUUUCUUUGCAGUUGUCAAAUCACUGACUAAAAAAUCAGAAUUAAUUGAUCUCUUAACCCCCAACUAAUGAAUACUGUACAAAGAGUUGGAAAGGUGAGCUCUAAGACCUAGUAAUUCCUAAUGUUGCCGUCUUUGCUAGAAGAAGAAACGUGAUGUCGUCAGCCGUUGUCAUCACCAGAGUUACAAAUCCUAGUGAGCUGAGGUGUUGGUUUUUAAUAAUGAUGAAUCCUUUUCCCUGAAGGCAGUGAACAUUGCAGCUUGGUUUGUGUAUGGAUAAAGCCAGCUGUAGUUAUUUGCUUUGUCUGUUGGCUGAAAGUGUAAAGCUCAACAGCUGCAAACAGGAAAAAAAAGAAAAAAGUGGUCACUUAUAGUAGCAACAGUGUACAGCUGAUCAUUAUAGUGACUGGUACAUUGUAAGGUAAUAUAUUGAGACCAGCAGGGCGUGUUGUGCUGUUCUGAUGUAUUCUGCUGCCGUUUGUACUAGGUCAAUACACUGUAAUUACGGCUUUACCCAGCAACAGUCUGUUGCAUCAGGAGUUGAAACCUUGCUCUGAUAUGAUUUUUUUUUUUGCAUUCUUUUUAAUUAAGCAAAGGUGAUAGGCUGAAUAUCUAUAUAAUGUCAAAAUAAUAAUAAUUAAAAAAAAACCCUUUCUGAUAUUAUUUGAGAUUUUCUGCUCACACACAAAAAAAUGGGAGAUACCACAAUAGAAAGCUGUAAUGGAGCAUGCAGACUGUUGCUGUGUUACAUACAGCUAAUAAUAUGUGGCUUUCAUAAAUUUUUUUAAAAUUUAACUCUCCCCUUUCCCCCAGCAGUAUCUCAAGUUACAGAAUCAGAGAUACAGCAAUCACAAAUGACAUUUUAACUUGUAAAAUUGUGUGAUGAUACUUAUUAUUUGGAAAUAUAAGAAUAAGAAUCUGGCUGUGUUUCUCCAGUAAUGAAUUUAAAGUAGAAUAGUUGCUUUUUAAGAGUUAAUGUCAUGAUGUUUCUGAUUAGUCCCUCCUAUAAUUGCAUCACUGUUUGUCACUAGCAGGUGGCAAAAAACCUUUUAUGUUGCUGUAUUAUCUGUCAAGGUUUCUGCAGUUUACAUUUAAAAACUGGUUCAAUUGCUUACAAGGGCAACAGGUGACUAAUGGUGCGUACCUAUCUUUGUAUCUCCCUUCACUGGGCUAUAGUUAUGGAUUUUACGUGCUUUGUAACCUAUUACACAGAAAGCAGCAGACAAUCGAAGAUUUAAGAAGAGCUAACAGCUGCCAAUUCACAAAAUGUGGGCGUCAUGUGGAAGUUUUCUUGAAGGUUUUAGUUUUUGUUCCGCUUUUUUUCAUUAAGACUGGAAUCAAGCUUAAAUGUAAACUAUUUGGUAAUUUAAGUUUCCUUUUGUGUCAUUCAGUGUAAAACUGUCUAAUUUGAAAAUGUAGGUUAUGAAAAAUAAAGAUUUAGGCACUGUUCAGUUUUUCUUUUGAUUUUUUAAUUAAAAUUGUCUUCAAGAA